UUAGUGCAGAUUGGCCUGGAUCAUUUCUCACUGUCAAGUCCCUAUUUGAUACAGUAGGUGUUCAGACAGAUGGGGCUCAGGUGAGGAGCACAUGACUCACUGGACUUUUGUCAGAUAUUGGAAGUUUAUGCAAAUGUCCCUUUGAAGUGCUUUGGGGAGAGCGCGUGAGGGCUUGAAAUGAAUCAUGUGAGAUGCUCCAUUCUCCUUCGCUUUCGCUUUUCCCUCGCGCACUUUGUAAACACUUCACUGUUGUCCUCUGAGAUGCCAGGAUUUAUGAGCACCUUCUGAGAGCCUUAACUAAAGCCAGCUAACAACAUGGGUGCAGACGUGUAACUUUGAAGUUGCCUCAUUACAAAUGUUCGACGUCUGCACAAGAUUUGGUCGCUUCCUGUUUGAACAUUGGCAGCGUUUCACUGUUUUGACUCAGUCAUUUCGCACUUUUCAGUCUCCCUCAUCAGUUCAGAGUCCGCAGGUUUGAACCACCGUGUCCUUUCGCGCUAUUGAUCACCGCUGAUUGAUGACAGCGUCGUGCGUGUUCGUGUGUUUACUGUUUCAGCGAGCCCAAAAGCUCUGGAGCCAUGGAGCUGAGGGUGGGGAACAAGUAUCGCCUCGGGAGGAAGAUAGGGAGCGGAUCCUUCGGGGACAUUUAUCUUGGUUCCAACAUCGCUACGGGGGAGGAAGUUGCCAUUAAACUGGAAUGCGUGAAGACCAAACAUCCGCAGCUUCACAUCGAGAGCAAGUUCUACAAAAUGAUGCAGGGCGGAGUGGGGAUCCCGUCCAUCAAGUGGUGCGGAGCAGAGGGCGACUACAACGUGAUGGUGAUGGAGCUGCUGGGGCCCAGUCUGGAGGACCUGUUCAACUUCUGCUCCCGCAAGUUCAGCCUGAAGACAGUGCUGCUGCUGGCCGACCAGAUGAUCAGUCGGAUCGAAUACAUCCACUCCAAAAACUUCAUUCACAGAGACGUGAAGCCCGAUAACUUCCUGAUGGGGCUCGGGAAGAAGGGAAACCUGGUCUACAUCAUCGACUUUGGCCUGGCGAAGAAAUACCGUGACGCCCGAACGCACCAGCACAUCCCCUAUCGCGAGAACAAGAACCUGACCGGCACCGCCCGCUACGCCUCCAUCAACACCCACCUGGGCAUCGAGCAGUCGAGGCGAGAUGACCUGGAGUCUCUGGGCUACGUGCUGAUGUACUUCAACCUGGGCUCUCUGCCCUGGCAGGGCCUGAAGGCCGCCACCAAGAGGCAGAAGUACGAACGCAUCAGCGAGAAGAAAAUGUCCACCCCCAUCGAGGUGCUCUGCAAGGGCUACCCCUCUGAAUUCUCCACCUACCUGAACUUGUGUCGCUCCCUGCGGUUUGAUGACAAGCCCGACUACUCGUACCUGCGGCAGCUCUUCAGGAACCUGUUCCACAGACAGGGCUUCUCCUACGACUACGUCUUUGACUGGAACAUGCUGAAGUUUGGCGGCAGCAGGACAGCGGAGGACGGGGACAGGGACCGACGGGAGGGAAAGGAGGGGGAGGAGCGCGCAGGCGGAGGCCAAAGGGGCGCCGGCGGCCGGGCGCCGCCGCCGGGUCCCAACCCUUCAGCCGGCAACAGGCUGAGGAACGAGGACGCGGCGCCGCCCAACGCGGCCUCGCGUGCGGCCCAGCAGUCAGGUAACCGCUCUCCGCAGGUGGGACGAGCAGAGCGGGCCGAGCGGGAGAGGAAGGUGGCGAUGAGGCUGCACCGCGGCGCCCCCGCCAACGUGUCGUCCUCUGACCUCACCGCACGCCUCGACCAAUCACGCAUCAACGCAUCGCAGGUCAGUGUGCCAUUUGAACAUCUGGCAAAGUGAUUUUCACCUAGCUGAUCACAGCAGCUGCAGGGUAUCAUAUACCCUUUACUUUACAAGUGGCUGAAUAAAAAUAUGAAUGAGUGGAAGACGAGAAUGGGAGCAGGGAAAGAAGUUGUUGCAGGCCCUUGAAAACGGCCCCGAUGGCAUCUGUGUGUGUGUCAGUAUGCUGUGUGCAUGCUCACUGGUAAGAGACCCUUCAAAUGGUGGAAAGAUGGUAAGACGGGUUAUUGCUUCUGUUUGGGGUGUGGCUGGAGGGGGACGGGAAUGAAACACGCAGGUCUGACCCCUUGGUCUUUAGUCAUAUUCACCUGUCCAUCAACUCAGAGGCUCAACUUGCAAAAAAAAAUAAAAAAUCCAAUUGCACAAAAUGGACAAAAGUUAAUUUAUUGUGUUUUACACCUGCAAUUAAAGUUUAAAAUUCAACCUUGCUAAUGUAUGAAAAGUAUGGAGUCCUUGAUUAUCAAUAAACAUGUAAACUACCGUAAUAUGGAGACAAACAAAGAAGCAUUAAGGUAUUAAAACUGGGUCAAGAGAUCAGAGGGACCAAGCGAAGAUUAGAGCGUCUGGUGACUUUGUGGAUGGAAGCGCGUCCGCUUUUUGUCAAUAAAUGUCAGAGUCUGUUUAUGUGUUAUAGUUGUAGUGUUUGUUUUGACUUCAGCUUUGCUUUACAGAAAAGAGGGACAUUUGUCCCAGAUGUGAUGAUGUUUCUUUUGAAGGAUGGGAUUGAAACAACAUCGUUGUAACUGGGAAGAGAAAUGACACAGCCUUGAGGUGUGGACAGGACGAGGUGGGGUGUCAUAGUUAUUGUAUGAUAUAAAAUAAAACAUUAGUCAGGCUUGUAACUACAGGUAUAAAACAAUCCUGGUGGUGAACAAGUCUGCUGGUACAUACUCAUUUCUGUUCCUUACUUUUGAACUUUGGUUUUGUAAUACAUGUAAAAUGUGUAGAUACCUUUGGCCAGAAUGUAAAUGUUUAAGGGUAGAUCUGGAGAGAAUAGAACCUGUUUCCUUCUGACAGCCCUGGGACAAAAGGUGAAACAGACAUUUUUUCCCAAUAACCUUUAGAGCCUGCCACAAGCGUGUGUUUUGGUUUUCCCCGUGGCAGGCAAUGACAGAAGGCUUAGUGUGAAUAUUUAGAUUUAGGGAGUUUUGACCCAGGCCUGACAGAAUGGAUGGAUGUCACUGGUGGCAAAGAGCUGACAGAUGUCCUGUUCAUUUCUUUACCAUGCUUCAAUUUUAUUACUAUGAUAUUUGUGUAUAUUUUCACAAUCAAUAAAAAUGUACACAGCUUA